UGGCUAGUCGCUGGGAAUACUGCAGUGCACUCAACGUGGAUAGGGGAGGGAUGGUGAUGAUUAGGGUUGCCCAACAAUGUUGUGAUCGUAUUACAGAGGCGGGGGAAAGCCACAUUGGGAGUGCACAUUGGAUUUUCGUGCUAAAAUCAAGUGCAUUGCGUCUUUGAGGCGCUUGGGUUGGGCUCAAGUCUGUGAUCUUGGACACUGGGAAAACAUCUGCAGCAUGGGAUUAUCGGUUCAUGUUACGGCGAAUUAUGCUCCGCACAGAGCCAUUAUUUACAGUCCAUGCUCUCCGCACACACACGAAGCAAUGGUGCACCUCUGAGGAAAGACUGGGAUUCAACUGCUGCCUUUGUUUCAAUUGAUCUUAUGCUUGUCCUGCAGAACCGAACCGAAUAUGUUCUCGCUGCGGAUCGUCACGGCAGAUUAUUACCUCACCAGCCCCAUCAGAGACCUAGACGUGUGUUAUUCCGAGUUCAGAGACAGCGAUGUCAAGAAAGUGCCCGUGGUGCGAAUCUUUGGGUCGACAUCAGCAGGCCAGAAGACAUGUCUUCAUCUGCAUGGCGUGUUCCCUUACAUCUACGUGCCAUACGAUGGGUUCGGACAACAGGCAAAUCGUUACCUGCGGCAGGUGGCCUAUAGCAUCGACAGAGCCGUGAAUGUCAGCAUGGGAAAUCCCUCAUCUAACACCCAACACAUCUUUAAAGUGGCUCUCGUCUCUGGCAUGCCUUUCUAUGGAUACCAUAUGAAGGAAAAAGCAUUCAUGAAGAUUUACCUCUACAACCCUCAGAUGGUCAAAAGGGUGUGCGAGCUCCUGCAGGGCGGCGCUGUGAUGAAUAAGAGCUUUCAGCCCCAUGAAGCUCAUAUUCCCUAUUUACUGCAGCUCUUCAUCGAUUACAACCUCUACGGCAUGAACAUGAUCAAUCUUGCUGCUGUCAAGUUUCGAAAGAGCCAAGCGACGGGUGGAGAGAUGUCAAGUAGAGCGAACACCACCAACCCAUGGACAAGUCCCUGCACUUCCAAGCUCAAUGACAGUGUAUUGAGGGACACGGUGCCCACUCGCUGGGGGGAGGACAACAUACCAAGUUCUCUGAUUCUGGAGGAGGUGGAUCGCAUGAGUGUGUGUGAGCUGGAGGUUGAUGCUGUUGCUGCAGAUGUUCUCAACCGCCUGGAGAUUGAGAAUCAGAUUGGGAGAAACCCGGGUCUCCAAGCCAUCUGGGAGGAUGAGAAACAGCGACGACGAGACAGAAGUCAAAGCUCUCUUAUUGAUGUCCCUGAGUCACAGGAUCGAGAAUUUGUGGAGUUUGUGGAAAGUGAAAGAAUCCUAAUGAAGAGAUUUAAGGAAAUUCUCAGGGACAAUGAAUUUGACGUGACUCAGGCUGGUUCUGAAGUUGAUGUGAACGACGACUCUUUCCCUGAGCUCUCCCUUCAUUCAGUACUCUUGACCCCAGAUGAUUUACCCUGCAUACCUGCCAGCCAAGUGGCUGUUCACCAAGAUUCUAUUAAAGAAACAAAACCACCUGGUGGCAAAGACGCUGAGGUGGCAGUUGUUGAUGAAGAGGCCAUUUUGAAUUUGUUAGAAAACAGCCAGACCUUCCUACCUCUCUCUCAAAAAUCCAACCAAUCAGCAAUACUCGACAAUAGUCAAGACCAGCCUAUGCUGGAUUUGCUUGAGGCACUUGCUGAUGAUGGUCUUGGAGCUGAAAGGUCCAGAGCAGUGUCCCAGCAGUUGCUGUCUGGAAAUUCUGGCUGCUUCUAUAACAGUGACGAUGAGGAAGCUGGUCCUGAACUAGAGAAAGAGGAGUCAGAGCUCAGUGUAAUCAUGUCACAAAGAUGGGACAGUGACAUUCCACAACACUCCGCCAGGCGAAGAUUAUGUAUGAGAGAAGCAAAUGAAAGCUCCAGCGAAGAGCAGCAGGUCUCUUCAGAUGAGGAAAUGGAUUGGAAGGGAAACUCUCUUCUUGCUGAUCUGUCUAUUCCACAGUUAGAUGGGGCUGCAGAUGAGAACAGUGAUUCAUCUCUAACAGACAAAGGUUCUAUCACACAUUCAUCUCUAACAGCAACGGACAAGAUCCUUAGCAGCAGAAAUGUGUUUCCAAAUGAAGCUGUUCACUUGGAGCCACCAUCUUCUGCUAAAAUUGCCCUUGAGUACAAAUGUUCAGAGCUGAGACUACAAGAGGAAAAACAUUUAAAAAAUCAAGAGACAAAUGAAUACUCAACUGGAUUAAGAGUUAAUAAAGAGAUUCAAUAUAUUCCGCCUGUCAAACAUCCAAUCCCUUGCAACACUGCAAAUAUAUCUCAAAUUGGUGCUGAGAAAAUAGGUGUUCAUCCUUUGUGCACCAGUGAAAAUAAGGACGUUGGUUUUAACCAGCUUGAACAUGAUGGUUUGAUGUUUGGAAACUCUAAACUUGUCCAGAGCAGAAAGAAAUAUGGGAGUAUUAAAAAUGUGGAAAAUAACCACAUAUCCAUCAUGGAGAAUCACAGGAGUUUCUCUGUAUGUUAUUCAGAGAAGAUAAACUGCCCCACCCAGAGUGAGACCGAGUUGAUUUCCAAAGACUGCAGAAGUUCUGUUAUAAGGAGUUUUGACCACCAGACUCCAAGCCCCAUAGAGGAGAGCCAACCAUUGGCCCCUCAAGAAGGUGAAACAGGACAGGGCACUGAGGAGGGAGAUGUUGGUGAACUGAAAAUACGAUAUGAGGAUUACCAAGAGAAUAAAACCGAAAGGACCAUUGUGGCUCAGCAGGAGGCACACUACAAGUUUUUCCCCAGUGUUGUUCUCUCUAACUGUCUUUCUAGACCAGUAAAAAAGCAGAUUGGGAGCAAGACUGGGGAGGGCUGCUGUACCUUAGAACAUCCUGAGCAGUGGAGGUCAAGGCUGAAGUUGACCAAAAAGAGAACUACAUUAGGUCUAAAAAGGAUAAUUCCUUUGAGGACCCCAUCUCCUACUAAAGAGGAAACCCCAGCUCUCCCUACAAGCAAUCCAGGCUCUCUCAGUCAAAAAGAAACAGAUUGGAGGGUUGACAUGGAAAAUUUAAAUCAUUCAACUGUUACAAAUUUGGAGGGCUCUGUUGAGGAUGAUAUUCCUGCCAAAAUUGCUUGCACCAAGGUGUCCAAUUUGCCAGGUAGCAAAUAUACUUUGCGGGCCAAAAGGAAAAAGAGCUAUGAUGGGGAAGAUGGAGAUCAUUUAAGUUCUCGUUCUUCUAAACAAUCCUUGGUACACAAUGAAGUCAUGAAAGACAAAAACAAUGUCCUGAAAAAGAGAAGGUUGUCUAAAAAAGAGCCACCUAUUAUCAUCAAAUAUAUAAUCAUCAACAGGUUCAAAGGUCAAAAAAACAUGCUUGUAAAGAUUUCUAAAAUUAGUGCUGAUGAACCUCACACGGUUUUAACAUCAGAAAAGCUUGCCGAGUACAAAAAGCUUGCUCCUCUCAAAGAAUUCUGGCCCAAAGUUCCAGAGUCUACAGCAGUCAAGUACCCACUGACUGAGUCAAAAGUAAAGAAAUGCCCCAAACGAAAAGCCAAGGUCAACCCAACAUCAAAGAGGGCGAGCACCUCUCCAAAAGUAAAAAAUGCACAAGCUAGUAAGACUAGGAGGACAAAGCGUGCUAAAACAGCAUUAACAUUGCCAAAAUUACCUGCUCCGUGGCCUUGUUAUAAUGAUUCCACUGAUGACUACUGUACAGAGUAUUCUGAUGUAAUGGUAGAAUUAGGUUAUUUGUCUGAAAGAGCUCCUAGUCCUACUGAUUCAACUCCACCUCGAUGUUGGUCACCUACCGACCCCUUAUUGGAAUCUGAUUCAAAUGGUCAUCUCAUAAACCCCCAUAAUGAUCCGUGCCUUGGUUCACCUUAUCGGUUAUUGACUCCAAAACCGUACAAAAAAGACCUUAGAAACAGAAACAGGGCACCCAGGACUAAAAAGACCUCUGCUACCAGCUUAAAAUGCAGAGGUAGUACCACAAAAAAGACAGUGGGUAGCAAUUCUGUAAAAACUAGUGAUUCACAAAAGAAAAGUAAUCGAGCAGCUUCAAAGAGGCAGGGAGGCAAAAUAAAAAGUACAGUACUUGGAGAUGGCACAUCUACCUCUCAGAAAAGCAGGAAGCUAAGCAGAAAGCCAGUUCAAGGAUCUCAGAAUUCCUUAUCAGUUGAAGGGAGUAACAACUCCCAGCCUUCACUUUCUGUUGAUACUGCAUCUCUUGCUUCCUCAUCAGAUGACUUAACUCCUUUCCAGCAUCCCAGUUCUUUAAAAAGUAGUCAAGAUGAUCUUACUAUGAGUUGUUCAGGUUCACAAACAGUGAUCACCAGCACUGAAAAGCAGCCAGAUCAAGGAGUUUUUGGCUUUAAUGCCAUUUCCUCAAAUGCACAAGGCUCGCUGAUUGCCUCCAGUCCCUUUUUUGAAAAAUCUCUGAAUAGUGUUCUUUCCCCAGCUUCAAAAACUGUUGGACAUCCGUGCUCUGUCAUCACAUACAGCAGAUCUAAUUCAAGAUCACAAAACUUGAGUUUAGAUGGGACACCAAAACUAUGUGAAUUGAAAUCUGAGGUCACCAGCCAGGAAGGGAAUGCCAGAACCAUGCAGUACUCACAAUCAACAGCAAAAAUGACCGUAAAAUCAAAAAGACAGUCAACAAAAAAGAAACACAGCAUAGCGUCUUCACCAGAACCUGACAACUGUAGAUCCACCUCUGAUAAGAAUGCAGUUGCAGAUGGACCCCAUACUGAUCUCACAUUAUCAUCAGUCCCAAAGAAUGGAGUGAUAUGUGUUCCUGAGAUGCCUUCUGGCUUGGCUGUCCUGAAGGAGCUUCUCCAGAAGAGGCAACUCAAGGCAGGACAUGCUCUGCAGGAAAGUGUGACUGAAAAUUUGUCCUUUACCAGUGAUUUAACUGAUGUUUCCAAAUUGGUCAAAUCUAAAAGAGUCCCUUCAGUAACAUCAAGGAAACCAAGAUCUAAAUUGCCAAAAGAGUCUAAGAGCAGAGAAAGCCUGAAAUGUAAACAUGAUGAUUUGUUGAGACUGGACAAUCUUUCAUCAGAUGACAGUCCUGUUCUUAUGUCUGACCCUGGCUUUGACAGCUGCUGCUCCAUCGAGGAUAGCUUAUCUCCAGAGCUUCCAGAUAAUUAUAGCUUUGAUAUCAACGCCAUUGGCCAGACAGACUUUUCUAGUCCUUAUUCUGGUAACCAAUUUGUCUUAACUGACAAGAACUUGCCUCAAAAGUUUCUCAGUGAUGUCAGUCAGGAGGCAAUCAGUGCACUUGUUGAAGGGUUGGGGAACAGGGCACAAAAAGUGUUUGAGGUUGAUGCAGAUGCCAAACAGCGAGAGGAUAGGCAAAAAUCUGGGACUACUAGUCCAGAGCUAUUUGACAAAUCAUCUUGUGAAAACAGCAAAGUUUUUCCUAAUGAGAUAUCUCUGUCUCUACUUGAUUCAGAAAGGAUCUUCAACAAAGAUUGGGGGGGUUGUUUAGGUAAAAUCAAUGGCCUCAGCCCCUUUCAAGACUUCCACUGUGAAAAAAAAGAUGUGUUGCUUGAUAUAGAGCCCUUUUAUCCCAUUACCUCUGCAUCAUUUGUAGAUAAUGGUGUAUCCCCAAGUAGCGAUCACUUAGACGGCAGUUCAGCAACCCCAAACAGUUCUCCACGUUCUAUCAACUCACUGUCCCAACUGAAAAAUGGAGGUCAGACUUCAAGGAGUGGAGGAACUCACAUUCUUAAACCGCUUAUGACUCCACCUACUCGUGAAGAAAUCUUGGCUACUCUGAUGGAUCUGGACCUUUCAGAAGCCACCUACCAGGAACCAUUUUGCAGUGACCCAUCAGAUGCGUCUUUGAAGCCAAGGGAGGUCGGUGGGCGCAAAUUGACAUUAGAAACUAGGCUAGCAACUGAACUGGCUGAAUUUCAUGGGGAACUAUCUCAGGAGGGUUUGCAAUUUUGGAAGCUUGCAUUUUCUGCUAUGACAAAUGUUGGCUCUACCCAAAUCCAUGGUCCUAAAGCUUCAGUAUUUACCAAGGAUCAAACAGCAUCUUCUGGCAGUGAUCAGAAAGUGAUCAUGGUGCCCUGCAAGAGUGCUCCAAGCAGGGAACGGGUGCAACUCUGGCUGCAGGCCAAGAAACAGUACGAGUGCCUUCAAAAGAAUAGGAAAGUAAGUGGUGGCCAAAAAUCUGUUGAGCCUCAUUGCAGCACAUGUGACAUGACCUCUUCUCAGAAGAAAGAUUUGGAUUCACCUUGCUCAGAAUAUGUUGAUAAAGGGCUUGAAAAAGUUCCAGAGUUGCAAAGUAUCAAGAAAAACUCUAUGAGUUUACCACUCCAUAUUUCACCAGUUAGGGCAACGUCUUCUAUAAAUAGCCCUUCGAACAUGAUCCAUUUCAAUGCUCCAGAAGAGGUGGAAGUAAACAGAAGCAGUCAGGGCAUGUUACCAGACUCACCUGAGCUUCCCACAUGGCAGCAAAGCCCUGCUGGUUUGAAGGAUGAAGACAGAAAAGAUUUGUCUGAUAGAUUAGCUGCCCCCAACAUGGAUGAGUCUCAAAAUCUCUAUUGCACAUCACCCGAAAAUGUACAGCAAAGGGAUCUCUUGAGUCCAUCCCCUUUUCUCAUUAAAGACCAAGUUUCAGAUGGUAAAGACACCUACCUGCUCCACAGCACGCCGGUUCUCAGGAGGAGACGAAACACUGACGACAAUGAGUCUGGUUGCAGUCCAACAACGACUGAAGACAUGGAGCCCAGAUCACAGCGGCUACAUCAGAGGAGUAAUAAAAACAAAGAUGCUCUGCGAAGAGUUCUGCUGACGACACAAAUGAAGAAUCAGCUUUCCGCUAUGAAUGCUCCCAAGAAAGAGAAUUCUCAGAUUGAGGGUCCAUCGAUCUGCAAUUCCUAUGGCUUUAAAGUCAGUAUGCAGAACUUACAGGAGGCAAAAGCAUUGCAUGAGGUACAGCACCUUACACUGAUAAGCAUGGAGCUCCAUGCAAGGACACGGCGUGACCUUGAGCCUGACCCUGAGUUUGACCCUAUUUGUGCCUUAUUCUACUGCCUCAGUUCUGAUGCCACUCUUCCCAGUACUGACACCACCCAAAUAACCGGCUCCAUCGUUGUUGAUAAAGAUUGUUGUUCUUCGGAUCAAGCCUCAAGGAGCCCAGCACCCUUGUUGUUUAGGUCUGGUGUGACAGGUCUACAAGUUACCUAUGCCCGUGAUGAGAAGGAGCUGUUUGAAGAGAUCUCUAACAUCAUAAGAAAGUAUGACCCAGACAUCCUGAUAGGCUAUGAAGUCCAAAUGCACUCUUGGGGCUACCUACUGCAACGUGCAUCAACACUGGGUGUGGACCUGUGUCAGCAGCUCUCCCGUGUACCAGGAGAUGCGAAAGAGAAUCGUUUUUUGGCAGAGAAAGAUGAAUAUGGGGCAGAGACCAUGAGUGAAAUCCAUAUUGUUGGACGCAUUGUCCUCAACCUGUGGAGAAUUAUGAAGACUGAGGCUGCAUUAAAUAACUACACUUUUGAGAAUGUUGCUUUUCACCUCCUGCACCAGCGCUUUCCUCUCUACAGCCAUCGCACGCUCUCUGACUGGUUUGAUCACAACACACACGUGCACAGGUGGAAGGUGGUGGAUCACUAUGUAAGUCGUGUUUGUGGGACGAUCCAGUUGCUGCAGCAGCAGGAUAUUAUUGGCAGGACAAGCGAACUUGCGCGUCUGUUUGGGAUUCAGUUCUAUCAUGUGCUUACAAGGGGUUCGCAGUAUCGUGUGGAAUCAAUGAUGUUGAGGGUUGCAAAGCCGAUGAAUUACAUCCCAGUGACUCCAAGCACACAACAACGUGCGCAGCAGAAAGCACCACAAUGCAUCCCGCUUGUCAUGGAGCCAGAGUCCCGUUUCUAUAGCAACUCGGUCAUUGUGUUAGAUUUUCAGUCCCUGUACCCAUCCAUCAUCAUCGCCUACAAUUACUGUUUCUCGACCUGCCUCGGACACGUUGAAAGUCUCGGAACGUGUGAUGAGUUUAGAUUUGGUUGUACAUCUCUCAGAGUUCCUCCUGACCUGCUAUACCAGCUUAGAAAUGACAUCACCAUUUCUCCAAAUGGCAUUGCAUUUGUUAAGGCGUCAGUACGAAAGGGUGUCCUUCCUAGUAUGCUGGAGGAGAUUUUGAACACCAGGAUUAUGGUAAAGCAGUCCAUGAAGGCAUACAAGAACGACAAAGCUCUGUCCCGUCUCCUGAACGCCAGGCAGCUCGGCCUUAAACUUAUCUCGAAUGUCACCUAUGGUUACACUUCUGCCAACUUCUCGGGACGGAUGCCCAGUGUUGAGGUUGCUGACAGCAUUUUGCACAAAGCUCGAGAGACUUUGGAGAGAGCCAUUAAGAUGGUGAAUGACACAAAGAAGUGGGGAGCCCGGGUAGUCUAUGGAGACACGGACAGCAUGUUUGUGUUGUUGAAAGGAGCCACCAAGGAACAGGCGUUUAAGAUUGGUAAUGAAAUCGCAGAGGCAGUGACGGCCACCAACCCAAAACCUGUCACACUAAAGUUUGAGAAAGUGUACCUGCCAUGUGUGUUACAGACCAAGAAGCGCUAUGUUGGGUACAUGUAUGAAAGCUUGGAUCAGAAAAACCCUGUGUUUGACGCCAAAGGCAUUGAGACUGUACGUCGAGAUGGCUGCCCUGCUGUUGCCAAGAUUCUGGAGCGAUCUUUAAAGCAGCUGUUUGAGACGCGAGACAUCAGUCUGGUGAAGCAGUAUGUACAGCGGCAGUGUCUGAAAGUACUGGAGGCCAAAGCCAGCAUGCAGGACCUCACCUUUGCCAAAGAGUAUCGUGGGAGUGGAUCGUAUAGGCCAGGGGCUUGUGUCCCUGCUCUGGAGCUCACGAGGCGUAUGAUGGCGUACGAUCGGCGGUUAGAGCCGCGUGUGGGUGAGCGUGUGCCGUAUGUUAUUGUGUACGGUAUGCCAGGUGUCCCUCUAAUACAGCUGGUGCGACGUCCGCUAGAAGUACUGCUGGACCCAAAUCUACGCCUCAACGCCACCUACUACAUCACAAAGCAAAUCCUACCACCACUAGCACGGAUUUUUAACUUGAUCGGGGUGGAUGUGUUCACCUGGUACCACGAGCUUCCAAGGAUACAGAAGGCGUGCAGCUCUGGGAUGGGCGCAGGGGGCGAGGAGGGCACAAGAAAAGGCACCAUCUCUCAGUACUUCACUACACUGCAUUGCCCCGUUUGUGAUGAGCUAACACAGCUGGGAGUGUGUGAGCGUUGCCGUGCUGAACCACAGCGGGUCGUCGUUACCCUACACCAAGACUUACGACUGUGGGAGAGCCAGCAAGACCAGCUCCUAAAGUUAUGUAGAAGCUGCAGUGGGAGUGCAGAGCGUCAGGUGCCGUGCGUCUCAUUGGACUGCCCCGUACUUUACAAAUUGUCUCGAGUUAAUCGAAAUCUUUCUCGAGGACCGUAUCUUCGCCAGCUAUUGGAGCAGUUCUGAUUUUGUGACUCGCUGUCAUUUAACUCUGGUGCUAAACGCUGUCAUUCAGCAUCCUUUUGUGUACAUCAUAGUUUCGUGAAGGUGCUUUUCAUUUUUUGUGGACUUUGGAGGGUCUCCAUCAUGUGCUGUUUGACUUUGUGGUACGGCAGCGCAGUGGGACUAAAGAGGCCUUAAAUGUAGAAAAGAGGCAAAGAUUUUGAUGUAGUGUUUCAAUUUGCUUUGUUUGUAGUCUUUGUUCUUUGCUGUCAUUUUAGUGUUUACUCCUCAUUUGUGAUAUUUCUGUCAUAAUCCUCUCAAAAACUGAACCUCAUGUGCGCUGUAGCAGUUUGUAGUAAUGUUUGACUCCGGUGAGAAAUGCUUUUUAUAUCAGAUCAGUUUCUUGUAAAUAAGCCUUGUAUAGUGAUGAUCCUAAAUACCGUCUGUCAGCACUGAAGAAAAAAUGUUUAAAAAAUGUAAGUGUUUUUUUUUUUAUCAAAUCCUGCUUGAGGCACAUGUAUGUGCUGAAAAAGUAUUAUUUCUGUCCAUUCUCCACAGAGGUAAGUCUAAGUAUGUGUACCAGCCUUAACUUCUUGGACUUUUGCAAUAUGUUAGAUAAUUUAUGGCGAGAGUAUAUUGUCUGUGUGCAUAUUUUUUUCUCUUAACACACUUUUUGAAUGCUUUCUCUAUUCUAAACCAGACGUUUUAUGUUACCCAAGGAUCUUUAAUUUCUGGAUCUACAAAACACUAUGUAUUUGUAAACUUGUAAAAACCUGAGGUGCUUUGUUUUUAAAGAACAUUUGUGGGAGGAGAUUUAAAGUUGAUAUAAUAAAAUUUACUGUAUUUAACAAAU